GUUUUACUUGGCAGUUGAAGGCGAGGUUGUAUAAGAGAUGUUGUGUAUAGUUCAAAUUUGAAAUUGAAUUUUUCUUAUCUCGUGAACUCAUUAUUCUAGUGAAGAUAUUGGACAGAACGUUUUCUUGAGCAGUGUAUGACGGAUAGUACAGUGUUGUGGUAUUAAGUUUAGUGCUUUUGUGUCCUUUAUUCCGUGUCGUUAACUUUCUGGAAUUUGGCGUAAAUAAUAAUUGUAUCCCUCGAUUCGAAUUGUAGGAAAUCUCGUGAUAUGGCAAAGGAGGUUUUCGGCUGGAGCGCAUGAGAGAAAGAUGUUGUCUACAGGUAUCGGCUAUGGGGGUGGACAAAACUCUGUUUCCGUGACAAAUUCCACGCCCCCGUAUAGCCCACCCCCGAACGGCGGCGGCGGCACCGCCGGCAGACACAGCCCUCUUCCCAGCUUCGGGUUCACUCAGGAGCAAGUCGCCUGCGUUUGCGAGGUACUCCAGCAAGCAGGAAAUGUAGAAAGACUAGGCAGAUUUUUGUGGUCGUUGCCAGCAUGUGAUAAACUUCAUAAUAACGAAUCGGUUUUAAAAGCCAAGGCAAUAGUAGCGUUUCAUAGAGGAAAUUUCAAAGAAUUAUAUAGGAUACUAGAGAGUCACACAUUUAGUCCACACAACCAUUCGAAGCUACAAGCGUUAUGGUUGAAGGCACACUACAUCGAAGCAGAAAGACUAAGAGGUAGACCAUUAGGCGCAGUAGGUAAAUACAGAGUAAGGCGAAAAUUUCCCCUUCCGAGGACGAUAUGGGAUGGAGAAGAGACUAGUUACUGUUUCAAAGAAAAAUCUAGAAGUGUUCUAAGGGACUGGUAUUCUCACAAUCCUUACCCAAGUCCUCGAGAGAAGAGGGAAUUGGCCGAGGCUACAGGAUUGACCACCACACAAGUCUCAAAUUGGUUCAAAAACCGAAGACAAAGAGACAGAGCUGCAGAACACAAAGAUAGCACCCAGACAAAUUCAGAGAAACCCCACCUCGACUCCAGUGGCUCGGACAGCGAAAGCGACGGUCAUAAAAUGACGUUCGCGGCCAGUGGCCUCCUCCAAAAUCAACUCAACCCCUAUCAAACCAUCGCCACUCCGUCGCCUUACUCCUGUCAGCCGAUGUACCACCAAGGGCCCCCCGAAAUGCUUCAGGACUACCAAGCCUUGUGACAAUGGUUACUUGUCCCGCAGAAUAACUGUCCCAACAGUGGAAAUUUUUAGAGAGACUUAUUAUAAUGGGUGUUUUUUAUAGAGGUAUAGGACUUUGAAAUGGAAUAAAACAAAAUGAUGAUUUUUUAAAAAGUGAAAUGUCGUUUCAGAGAAUAUUUACCAUCCCUAGACAGCUGUUUGUCUCGUACGUCUUCAGUAGGACUACGGGAACACCUCUCAACCAAGACGAAAAUAAAUUGCGUAUUAAAGUGGAAUUUCAAAAAUCACUUUUAAGACGCUCGGCUGUAGCGACAUUUCUUAGAGUUUAGAGAAAAGAAGAAAAGUCCCAGAUACAAAAUUUAUUAUUAAAAUAAAAUUAAAAUAACUAAUAACGAUUUAAAUCCGAAACCUUUCUUGGAACCACUUUCUGGUAUUAACAUCCUUAUCUCUGACUUGUACCGGGUGUCCCAAUAAGAAUGGCUAUCGGCCAUAUCUCAGGAACCGUUUAUAGUACAGCUUUGAGAAAAAAAUAUUUUUAACAAAAGUUGCCUCAAGAAAAGCCUGGAAAUUAUUAUCAUAAUUGUAGGUCCGCCGCUAGAGGGUGUAAUCGAAUAUCUAAAAUUAAAAAAUCAAAAUUUUACAAAAUUUACCUAAUGAAAGGUUGAACUGCAGAAUAUCUACAAGCAUACGUUUGGUGGAAAAGAUAUUAUCACUAUAAUUAAGCGAAACCGCCUGCAGUGGGCAGGACAUGUAGCCCGGGCCCCUGAAUCGAACAUGAUAAAAAAGAUUCUAACAGCGCAACCCGUGGGAAUGAGAAGACGGGGUAGACCAAAGCUGAGGUGGAUGGACGGGGUAACACAGGAUACCGAGAAGAUCGGAGUCGGCAACUGGAAAAUGCAAGCAAGGGACAGAACAGAAUGGCGUAGAAAGCUUGAGAAGGUCGAGGCCCUCUAAGGGCUGUAGCACCAAGAUGAUGAUGAUGACCUAAUGAAAGGGCACUGGAAAUCCAAUCUACGUAUUCUUCAUAAAAUUCUGCGCAUAUUUGAUUUCACAAGUUUACAAGUUUUCACAAGUGGCUACCUUUGCAAAUAAGAGGUGGGGGUGAGUGGGAACCUUCGUAUGAAAAAAUGGCUGUAAGUCCGGUUUUGCUAAGUCGAAUUUUGCAUACUUGGUCUUGUUGAAAACAGUCUUCUUUUCGAAAUAGCCUAAUAAGUAAUAUGCAAGCUAGGAAGCGUUAUUUAAUUAUUUUCAGAAAUCUAUUUUUCUUUGGAAAAUAUUAAAUAUAAGUAUGCAUUUUUAAUCCUGUAUUACAAAAUUAGACCAAAUUAGCAACAUAAUACCGAAAACCGCAUGACAAUACGUUUUUUCUAUCUCGAGAUAUCUUAAAAAAUGUGUAAAUUUUAAACAUAACUGUUACUGUCACCGGUAAACGAGAAGUAGUGUGCUAUGGAAAAAACAAAUAAACCUUUUCCAGAUGUAAACGUACAUAAUUAAAUAAAACAACAAUAAGACAAACAACACUAAAAUAUAACAAAGAAAUAAAAGCAACUACUUUAAUACUUAGUCGUAGUGACUGCCUAAAUGUUCAAAUUGUUACCAAUCAUUUUCGAUGCAAGCAUUUACUCUUUGAAGAGUAGAUGGAAUAGCAACAGAUUGAACUGUUUUAGACUUUUAUUUAUGGGGACGGAUUAAAGACCUUGUUUUUGCCGCUAUGCCCACUACGUGAGAAAACAUGAUCUAGAAUCUAGAGCAGGGGUUCCCAAACUUUUUUGUACCACGCCCCCUUUUGUUGAAAUGAAAGCCUCUCGCGCCCCCCCUUUACAAUAAAUUUUAUGCGCCUUAAUAGGAACAAAACAAAAACAAAUAAGUAUUAGCUUGAAAACGAAACAUUUAUUUAUUCUGCCAUAAGAUACAAUGAUAUCAGUUCCCAUAAAAUACAAAAAUUAUUAAUAAAAGAAAAAUAUAUUAGGUUGGUUAGUGCGAUGGAUGUGCUUGCAUUUUAUUUACUAGUGAGCCUAUUCGUGGCUGAGUUUUAGUAAGUGCACAGCACAAGUCACUAGCAACAUCAAGUUUAUUCCGAUAGUUUUGUUUUAAUUGCCACAAGUUUUGACUUAGUUAAAGUAUUUGUAAAUCACACAAAUAGUUACUUGAAAAAGGUAAAUAUAAAUGAAGAGCUUCCUGUGAUACACUAAGAUACACUUUGAAAUAUUUUAACCAAAAUGAAGGUUUGUCCAUUAUAACAAAGUAUUUAGCAUUGGAAUCAUUCAAAAAAUCAUUUGGAUUUAUUUGCAAAGCAUCUUCUUGAACUGAUUCAGACAGGGAGUCUAUGUUGACAUGGAAUGGAUCAGUUGACAUUCUGUAAAUAAAAUUAUCGCAAGUGUUUGAGAAGUAUUUCUGGGACCCUUCAAUUAGGCUCUCCAAAUGGUUUGAUAUUUGGAUAUUCAAACUUGAUCCUUCUUAAAUGUCCUUGAAGCGUGUUUCUUUUGAGAUUGGCUCUACUUUAGAGAAAUUUUAGGGGUUUGCUGAUAUUUUACGCCUCCAAAGUUGAAUUACUAAGCCUCCAUCACAGUGAGUAACUACUAUAUUUGAGUCUCCACCCUGCAGUUUUCGGUUAAGGCUGUUCGAGUCAAAGAUGUCUAACAAAUAAGCCAAUAUUACUUGGGUACAAUGUUUUUGAAGGCCAUGUUUAGCUCAUUAGCCAUUUGCUUUUAAUGUUCCAAGGUGAUUACUUCAUCUCAAAGGUCAAAUAAUCUUGCCAACAUGUUUCCUUUUGAGAGCCAUCUUACUUCUGUAUAAAGUAGCAGUGUUUUGUGCUCACUUUAUAAUUCUUCACAAAGAGUUUUAAACAGUAGAGUAUUCAACGCACUGAUUUUUUAUGUACUUUACUAUUUUAAUACACAACUUCAAGACAGCCAUAAAUUCAUUUGGAAGGGUUUUUGCUGACAAGGCUUGUCGAUGUAUAAAACAGUGUAUCCCAAUCACAUCAGCAUUUUUCUCUAUUACUAAUUGCAAAUAGCCUGAGCGAAAACAAAGCAUUGAAGGCGCGCCAUCUGUACAUAAACUGAUCAGUUUUUGCCCAGAGAGUUCAUGUUCGUCAAAAAGCUCUCACACUGCUUUCAUAACAUUAAUAGCUUUUGUCGUGGACUCCCGUCUCCAACUCUGUAGAAAAGAGUAGCUUGUCUUUCAUUCUUUCGUUUUGAAUAUACCGAACAUAAACAAUUAACUGAUAACAUUGCGCUAUGUCAGUACUCUGGUCUAGCUGAAUAGCAAAAAAUUUCAUUAUUUAGGCGAUUAUUUUACUGCAUCAACUACCUGGUUUUGUAUGCCUUCGGUCAUAUUAUCAAUGUUAUCAAAAUCAAUCACAGUGUUGUCAAAAAGAGAUAUUUGAGAUAACUUUUGCUUACUCUGCGUUACUAGACACAGUUUAACAAGCGGUUAAUUUUGAAUUUUAGAAAAAUAACUAAAUUUAAUUUAAUGUUCAACUUGUCUCGCGCCCCCCUUGAUAUGUCCUCACGCCCCCCAUGGGGGGCGCGCCCCCCAGUUUGGGAACCCCUGAUCUAGAGAAUACGAAACGUCAUUCAAAGCAUUGCGAAAGCAGAAAUUGAGACUGCUGUUCAAUCUACUCUUGAAAGAGUAAAUGCUUGCAUCGAAAAUGAUGAGCAACAGUUUUAACAUUUAGGUCGUCACUAAGUAAGUAGUUGCUUUUAUUUCUUUUUAUAGUGUUGUUUGUUUUAUUGUUGUUUUAAUUAAUUAUAUACGUUUACAUCUGGAAAAUGUUUCUUUGCUUUUUCCACAGCACACUACUUUUCCUUAACUUCGUUUACCGGUUACAUUAAUAGUUGUUUAAAAUUUACACGUUUCUUAAGAUAUCUCGAGAUAGAAAAAAGGUAUCGACAUGCGGUUAUGUUGAUACAUCUCGGACAUCUCGGUAUUAUGUUGAUAAUUUGGACUAAUUUUGUAAUACAGGAUUAAAAAUGCAUACUUGUAUUUAAUAUUCUCCAAAGAAAACUAGAUUUCCGAAAAUAAUUAAAUAACGCCUACUAGCUAGCAUAUUACUUAUUAAGCUAUUUCGAAAAUAAGACUCUUACAUUGACGAAAAAUAGCUGUUUUCAACAAGACCAAGUGUGCAAAAUUCGAUUUAGCAGAACCGGACUUACAGCCUUAUUUUCAUAAGAAGGUUCCCACUCACCCCCACCUCUUAUUUGCAAAGUUAGACUUAAACUUGUGGAAUCAAAUAUGCGCAGAAUUUUAUGAAGAAUACGUUGAUUGGAUUUUCAGUGCCUUUUCAUUAGGUGAAUUUUUGUAAAAUUUUGAUUUUUUAAUUUUUGAUAUUCAACUACGCCCUCUAGCGGUGGACCUACAGUUAUGAAAAUAAUUUCCAGGCUUUUCCCGAGGCAACUUUUGUUAUAAAUAUUUUUUUCCCAAAGCUGUACUAUAAAUGGUUCCUGAGAUAUGGCCGAGAGCCAUUCUUAUUGGGACACCCGGUACAAUUUAUAAGCCAAGAGACGACGAACAAAGAAGCGAUCUUACUCGUCUAGGAAAAAGCCCGAAAGAUAAUUCCAAUACUCAAAAUCUGAGUAAGGAUAAAGAUAAAAAGUGAACGACAUUUUAUGUUUCCUUUCGAUUCAGAGGAUAUUCACCAUCCCAUGACAGCUGUUUGUCUCUUAGAUGUCUUCAGUAGGGCUAAGUGAACAACUCUGAAUCAAAGGUGUUGACAUAGCCCUACUGAAGACGUCUAAGACACAGAAACAGCUGUUUAGGGAUGGUGAAUAUCCCCUGAAUUGAAAGAAAAAAACUGCGUUCACUUUUUAUUUUUAUCAUUACUCAGAUUUUGAGGAUUGGAACUACCUUUCGGGCCUUUUCCUAGAUGAGUAAGACGAAAUGUGAUUGUAUAUUGUAGAAUCCUUCUCGCUUCUUUGUUCGUCAUCUCUUGGCUUAUAAAUUGUACAAGUCAGAGAUAAAGGAUGAUACCAGAAAGUGGUAAGAAAGAAUCGAAAGAUAAUCUUUUGGCAAAGUAUUCGAGUCAACAAAAAGAGAAAAAGAACCUCUUCUGCCCUUUUGGAAUUAUAUGAUUUCUGGCAUAUGACCGCCACGGUUGGCUCUGACGUAGUCUAAUGUGGAGGUCCAAUUUUGGAUGACUUUUUCCAACAUUUGUGGACGUAUAUCGACAAUAACGCGGCUAAUGUUGUCCUCCAAGUGUUUAAUCGUUUUAGUCUUAUCGGCGACUUUACAAUAUAUCCCCACAGAAAAUAAUCUAGCGGUGUUAAAUCGCUCGAUCUUGGAGGCCAAUUCACAGGUCUGAAAUGUGAAACUAUGUGGUUACCAAACUUUUCUCCAAUAAAUUAAUUGUGACACCUCACCUCCUGCACAUCUUCCUCCAUCCUUUUAUAAAUUUUCUCCAUUUGGAGCUUUCCUAUCCCUUUGGGUUUUCUUGCACAACUUCUGCAUACCUAUCAUGGUUGUCAAAGCAAUCAUGGCUCUAUAGCGGUCACCAUUGACUGUAAUAUUCUGGCCAGCAUCAUUUUUGAAGAAGUACGGACCAAUGAUUCCAUCAGCCCAUAAAGCACACCAAACAGUCAGUUUUUCUGGAUGUAAUGGUGUCUCAACAUACAUAUUAGGAAUAUCUUCACUCCAAAUAUGGCAGUUUUAUUUGUUGACAGCCAUUCAACCCAAAAUGAGCUUCAUUGCUAAACAAUAUUCGCUUAUGAAAAUCGGGAUCAAUUGCAAUCUCGUUUUGGACCCAUUCACCUAAUCUACGCCUUGCUAGGUGAUCGUGUAGUUUCAAUUCUUGUAUGAGUUUAAGUUGAGUAUGAGUUUGUAAGUACGCAAACCAAGAUGUUCCCGAUAAAUCUUAUAUGAAGUGGAUGGGUACAUAUCCAACUGCUGUGCAUGAUGGCGGAUAGACUGAUUCAGGUCUUCCUCUAUGAUACACUCUACAGCAGCAACAACUUCUUCUAUAUGCACUGUACGACGACGGUCUCUGUGGAUGCGCGUUAUUAUUUAGAGUAAACAGUAAACGGUGCGAAACCGUUCCAUGGUUAAUCGAAUUAAUUGCUCUGAUGAAAGAUUAUGUUGACCAUACAAUGGACGUAAUGCGGGAUACGUAUUUAGAACAGAUAACCAUGAUUUUCAAAAUAAAUUAGCACAAUUUUGAAGCGUUGUUCAGGAGUCAGUCUAUUCAUGCUGAAAUAAAUGCCAAACCAAACUAAACAUAAAUUACUUGACAGCUGUUUUGACCGCUGUCAAAACAGCUUUUCACCGCUGUCAAAACAGCUUUUGAUAGCUGUCAAGAUUGCUGCAGUUAAAAAAGUGUUGCCAACUUAAAUUUCUAUACCUCUAAAAAACACCUUUUACCUAGUUAUGUUACGUUUAUUGUACAAUUUUUCCCGCAAUUACUACGCAGAGAAGACAUUUUCCAUAUCUAUCUUUAAACAUUAUGUUAUAUACCUAUUGAAUUUUUGAAUGUCGAUAAAAUCAUGUGAAAAUACGCUUUAUUAGAAAAAUAAACAACUAUACCUACGAUUUUUAA